UGCAAAUUAAACUGGCCUCUCAUCAAGAGAGUUUCGACUGAAAGCUAGUCGCAGAGCCCUUAACCAUCCACCCACCUUGAUUCAUAACAGCUACUCACGAAGCAGAUUGCAGGCCAGUCAAGAAGGGAAGCCAUAUGCUAGCUGAAGCACAGAAGAGAACCAGUAGAUCAUCGGUUCGGUUGGUUGGUUCGGCGUCCAGAGGGAGAGGGGCAUGCGGAGGACACGUGCUCUCGCUCUCCUCCUAGCUGCCACGGCGGCUCUAUUGUCUCGGCCGGCCACCGGCGACGACAGAAUCGGUCUGACCGCAUCUAUCAUCGGCAACCAGACGCUUGAGUCAGCCAAUGGCAUCUUCAAGCUCGGUUUCUUCAGCCCGCCGGGCGGCAAAGGCGCGUACCUUGGUAUUUGGUACGCCAGCAUCCAGAGCGACCCGACCGUCGUGUGGGUCGCCAACCGCCGGGAUCCCGUCGUCAAUACCACCGGCGCCAUCGUCACGCUCUCCGCUGACGGGCGUCUUGUCAUCGUCGAUGGGCAGCAGAACACCACCGUGUGGUCGUCCGCGGCACCCACCAGAGGCAUAACCCCCGGCGCCACCGCUCAGCUUCUCGACAGCGGCAACUUCGUCGUGAGAUCCGACGGGAGUGGCUCUCCUGGAAGCGUGGCGUGGCAAAGCUUCGACUAUCCCACAGACACGCUGCUCCCGGGCAUGAAGCUCGGGGUGGACCUCAGGAGCGGCAUCACCCGGAACAUCACGUCGUGGAGCAGCUCGAGCGACCCUUCGCCCGGGAGGUACACGUUCGCGCUGGUCCUUGGCGGGCUUCCGGAGUUCUUCCUCUUCGACAACUCGAUGACGGCGACGACGAAGGUCUACGCGAGCGGGCCGUGGAACGGGCAGAUGCUCACCGGCGUGCCACCGCCUGGCGCCAAGUCCCAGGUGGGCGUGAACUUCAGCACCACGGUCUUCUCGAGCCCGGAGGAGACGUACUACACGUAUUCCAUCACCAACCGUGCAAACCCAUCAUUUCUGACGCAAUUCGUCGUCGACGGCACGGGCCAGCUGCAGCGAAUCUGGUCGGACGACGGCCGGUCGUGGAGCAAAACCAAGAAGUCGUACCCUGCAGACCCAUGCGACAGCUACGCCAGCUGCGGCGCGUUCAGCUACUGCGUCUACGGCGACGGGCAGUCCCGGCGCCCGUGCAGCUGCUUGCCGGGGUUCAAGAGCCGGUCGCCGCAGGGGCCCUUCCAGGACUCGUCCAAAGGCUGUGCCAGGACGACCAGCCUGACCUGCGGCGACGGCGACGGGUUCUGGCGGGUGAACGGGAUGAAGCUGCCGGACGCCACGAACGCGACGGUGCACGCCGGCAUGGCGCUGGAGCAGUGCAGGCAGGAGUGCCUGCGCAGCUGCAGCUGCAAGGCGUACGCCGCCUCGAAUGUGAGCGGCGGAGUCAGCCGCGGGUGCGUCAUCUGGACCGCCGAUUUGCUGGACAUGAGGGAGUACACCAUGGUCGUGCAGGAUCUCUACGUACGGCUCGCGCAGUCCGAGAUUGACGCCUUGAACGCCCCAGCAAGACGACGGCGGCUCAUCAAGAACGUGGUGAUCGCCGUGGUCACCAUUAUUUGUGGCAUUUUAGCAGUAGCUGGCUGCUGCUGUUUUUGGACGAACAAGGCUAGGUGGAAGCGGCAUACUGAAAUGGAGAAAAGCAGUGAGUCCGAUGAUACUCCGUUCAGGGUCAGGAACAGCACUGCUUCGAACCCAGCAUGGGGCCAAUGGUUCGAUCAGAACAGCACGGGUGCUGAAGACGAGCUUGACCUUCCAUUGUUUGAUCUUGAGAUGAUUUUUGCCGCAACGAACAGAUUCGCAGCAAACAAUCAGAUUGGAGAAGGUGGUUUUGGCCCUGUUUACAUGGGAAGGCUGGAGGAUGGGCAUGAAGUAGCUGUGAAGAGGUUGUCCAGGAGAUCCGUACAGGGGGUUGUUGAGUUCAAGAAUGAGGUGAAACUAAUCGCCAAGCUCCAGCACAGAAACCUUGUCAGGCUACUAGGUUGCUGCAUUGACGAGGAAGAGAGGAUACUCAUAUACGAGUACAUGCACAACAAGAGCCUAGACACAUUCAUAUUUGAUGAAGGAAAGCGUAAACUGCUAAGCUGGAACAAACGGUUUGAUAUAAUUCUAGGGAUUGCACGGGGGCUACUCUAUCUCCACGAAGAUUCAAGGUUUAGGAUCAUCCAUAGGGAUUUGAAGGCAAGCAAUGUGUUGCUAGACAGAAACAUGGUGCCCAAAGUUUCAGAUUUUGGCAUUGCAAGAAUGUUUGAAGGUGAUCAAACCACUGCAUACACUAAAAAGGUCAUUGGAACAUUUGGCUAUAUGUCUCCAGAAUAUGCAAUGGAUGGUGUGUUUUCAAUGAAAUCCGACAUAUUCAGCUUUGGCGUGCUUGUACUGGAGAUUGUCACUGGCAGGAGGAAUCGAGGGUUUUAUGAAUCCGAGCUUAAUCUAAACCUCCUCAGAUAUGCAUGGAUGCUGUGGAAAGAAGGUAGGAGCAUGGAUUUACUAGAUGAGUCAAUUGGGGAUAUCUUUGAUGACAUGGAAGUGUUGAGAUGCAUACAUGUUGCUCUCUUGUGUGUUGAUGUGGAACCUAAGAACAGACCAUUGAUGUCUUCGAUUGUUAUGAUGCUCUCCAGUGAGACUGCCACGUUGCCACAACCAAAUGAGCCUGCAGUGAACAUUGGGAAGAACACAUCGGACACAGAAUCAUCUUAUGGCAUUACCGACAACAGUGUGACAACAACUACAAUAGAGGCUAGGUAGUCUGAAACAGAGAAUCUCCUUGGUCUAACAGUGUAAGUCGUAAUCUAUGCGCAGUCAAGACCUCAUGUAAAGUUCAGCUGAAGCAAGUUCACCUGUAAAACUUGCAGCAUUUCUUGAAAGCUUGUAUAUCACAUUAGAAAAGGUCAUGAUUGUUGCAACACACUAGUUGCAAGUUCGGAGACAUUGUUCAGCGUGUGAUGGAGAGGAUAGAACUGGUUGGAUAAUUUGUGUAAAAAGUUAACAGUAUUUAAACAUCUAGGGCUGACAUAAUCCACGGCUUGCCUGAAUUUCUAUACCUAUGACACUCUGAAAUACCAAUGCUCAA